AUGCAGGAGACUGAGGCACUGGAGAAGAAAGUUCCUGCUGUCCAGACACAAUUAUUUCCAUCUAGCCAGAGCCGGGAGGGGAGCCGAGGAAAGCUGAAAAGGCAACGGUACCAGGAGCUGCCAUUGGAAGGAGCUGUCUGCAUCUCUCAGUGCUCUACUGAGCAUGCCUCAGAGGAGCCUUAUGCUGGCAACACAUUAUGCAAAAAGGCAGCUCGAGCAGCCGAGAGAGAGUCAGAACAAGCCUGCACGCUCCUUGCAUCACCAAAGCUUGAAAACAACCCUGGAUUACUUGAGAGGGCCGGCCUGCCUGCCCAGGUGAACGAAGCUAAGCACCAUGGCUUGAUUCCUGACAUUGCCCGACUGCUGAACACCAUGGGGAACCAAGAUGGGAAGCUGAAGAGGAACGCAGGUGAUGUACACGAAGGAGGUGAGGAUGCUUCUGGGCCCAGGGAUGUUGAAGGCACAAAGAAAGGAGGGGGGAGCAAAAAGACUCUGGGCCGGCACAGCAAAGGGGGAGAAUCAAAGAAGAAGGGCAAGUCUGAAGCCAGGUCAUCCGUGUUUUCUAAUCUGCGCAUCCGGAAAAAUCUUUCCAAAUCUAAAGAUGGAACCAGCAGCUCGAGAGAGGAUGUUUUAGAGAGCCAGGCCGUGCACACAGGAGAGCUAGACAGUGCUCACUCCCUUCUCACCAAAACUCCUGAUAUAAGCAUUUCUGCAGAUGAAGGGGGUCUCUCGGAUACCGAUGCAGAGCAUUUUGAAAAUACAAAUGAAAUUCGCCCUGCAGCUGCCAAGCCGCAAGAUGGACAAAGAACCAGCUCCGGCUCAGAUACGGAUAUAUACAGUUUUCAUUCAGCCACCGAACAAGAGGAUUUGCUUUCUGAUAUUCAGCAGGCAAUUAGACUGCAGCAGCAGCAGCAGCAGCAGGGGACAAUUAACAUUGGAACUGAGCAGCAGGGCACCAAAACAAUGGCCCUACACAUGGCUAAUUCUCAAGCAACCCCAUUCGAUUUUGAAAGGUUUCUUUCACUCAGCAGUGACAAAGACAGUAGCCCGGAUACCGAGCAGCCAGUCUCUGCAAAAUCAGAAAUUGUAGAACAUGUCCCAAGUUGUCAGGCUGAAGUGCCGGAAAGGGCAAACGGAAUGGAGCACUCCUGCAGCAGUGUGUUUGAGAUGCAGGAAGGGCCUGAGCAAUUGUCAUCUGAAGAGGAACAACCUGCUGGUGAAGGAGGAGACGUCUUCUCUACUCCCAACGCUGCAAUUACAGAAGAGGAGGGGGCUCUGCUGGGCAGCUCGGUCUUUAAUUUCCCACCCCCGGCUGGGGAGUCUGAGACUGACAGAGUUGCAGGUACAGGUGGCAAAAGAGAGGCUGAACUGGCAGGUGCAGGCGAGGAUCAGGUGGCUGUGGCCACGGACAGGAAAUGGAGUUUGUCAGCUAGCAGGGAAGCAGGGGAGGAGGGCUUUUCUGUGGAAAUGAAAGAUGGGACUUGUUCCUCAGAGGAUGUCUCCAGCAGUCCAGUGCACACUUCCAAAUGUUUUAGAUCGUACCCUUUCAUCAACCCCUGCUAUGUCAAAACCACCACUAGGCAGCUGAGCUCUCCGAACCGUUCACCCUGCCUCUCCCCCUUGCAGAGCCCUCUCUUUAAAAGGAGACGGGAGCCCGCUCGACUGAAAGAGAAGGCACCAAGCAAGAAACAGAGAUCUGCCAGUUUGGCAGGGGCAUUUAGCCGAUCUGCAGACUGGACUCACGAGGUUUCAGAUCAGCCCAGUGAAAUCGCUCAAAAGUCAGGCUCUGCAGAUUUUUUGGAGUACAGGCAGACCAGAGAUGGUAUCCAAGGGGAAAGAGUGCCUUUGAAUCACUUGAGAAAGUUCUCAGGAAUGCCACCUUCUACUGAUGCCUUCCCUAAUGUAUUUCGAGGGCGAACUCUGCUAGAAAAGCUCUCCAGUCAACAGGAGAAUGCACCCCAAGAAGAAGCAGAGAAGCUUUGUUCUUGGAUCAUUGCAAUGGGUCUUUUGCUUCCCUUCAGUGACUGCUUCAGAGAGCCAAGUAGUCAGAAUGCACAACAAAAUGCUCCAGCAUUUGAUUCCCAGCCUAGAAAGAUUCCACAAUGGUUUCUUCCUAAAUUAGUUGUCAUUCAUUUCUAUCCUUCAGCCCUUGUCACUUGCUCUUGCCCCACAUAUGAACCUGAAGCUGCUGCUGAGGCAACAGAGACAGAAGAUACAGAGAUUGUUCAACAGGUACAGGAAAAUGUUACAAUGAAAUCAGAAAUGCGGGCAAAUGAAAUUCAGCGGCUGGAGCAAACCAUACAGGAUUUAAAAACAAAAAUUGCUGAGCUAGAGAAACAGUUUCCAGCAACAGAGGUGUUGGUUUCAAGCAGAAGCGUGUGGAAUGAGACCCAACAACCGACUCAUGAAGGAUUACCUACCAGAGCUUUUCAAGAACAUGAAUUGUGCGCUCUAGUUAAAACUAUAACUGCAACAUCUGUGCAGACAUCUCCAACAGAUGAUUGUUUAACACACAUAAUGCCUUCAGACAGUACACUGCCACAAGCACCUCCCCACCUCAAAGGGGAUCCAGGUCAAGGGCCAACUCAGCCGUUGCCAACACUUGAGCCACAACCCACCUUUUGCUCUGAAAUAGCUUUAGUUUUGUCACCAAAACAGAUUUCAGUACAGCUGGAUGCUUUCCAGGAACACAUAACAUGGAAUGAACAUUCCCCAUCUUUAUCUUCUCCCAUCACUUCUGCUCCUCUAUCUACUGACACUGGAAUUUCUCUGCCUGGGGCAGGUGGCCCUUUUUUAUCUUCAUCGGGUUCACCCCCCUCAUCCCUUUCUGCCUCAGGAUAUUUAGGGUCUUCAUCUGACAUAGUACCAACCUCUGCUCCAUCAUUCCCCACCAAAAGGACUUCUUCCCCAUCAUGUCUGACAGGAAUGGACAUGAUGCCAUCUACCCCUUCUUUAUCUCCUGCAAGCAUCUCUUCUAUGCCACCUUUGCCUACGGCUGGACUACCUACCGAGAUCUCAUCUCUACCACCUUUUCCUGUAACUGGAAUUCCACCUCCUCCACCUUUGCCAGGACCAGUUAGUUCCUUUUUGCCAGGGAUAGUGCCACCCGCUCCACCACUACCCCCUUUGUCAGGCAUGGGAAUGCCGCCCCCUCCGCCGCCACCCCCAUUGCCAGGCAUGGGAAUGCCACCCCCUCCGCCGCCACCCCCAUUGCCAGGCAUGGGAGUGCCUCCCCCUCCGCCCCCACCUCCAUUGCCAGGCAUGGGAGUGCCUCCUCCUCCACCACCUCCUCCACCUUUGCCAGGCAUGGGAGUGCCAUCCCCUCCGCCCCCACCUCCAUUGCCAGGCAUGGGAGUGCCUCCACCUCCUCCACCUUUGCCAGGUAUGGGAGUGCCACCCCCGCCUCCACCACCCCCUUGGCCAGGUAUGGGGGGACUUCCACCUCCUCCCCCUCUGCAAGGACCGACAGUGCUGCCUCCUCCACCCCCUUUGCCUGGGGCAGGAGCUCCUCCUUUGCCUGGAAUGGGCAUGCCACCACCCCCGGCUCCUAGUCUACCACAAGUGUCUGGGUUUCUUCCUCCUCCUUUGCCAACCGGUUUAUUUGUAAUGGGAAUUAAUCAGGAAAAAAGUAGCAGGAAGCAUGCAAUAGAACCUUCUCGACCCAUGAAGCCUCUUUAUUGGACAAGAAUCCAGCUUCAUAAUAAAAGAGAUUCUAGUGCUUCACUUGUGUGGGAAAAAAUUGAAGAGCCUUCAAUAGAUUAUCAUGAAUUUGAAGAACUGUUUUCUAAAACAGCUGUUAAAGAGAGGAAGAAACCUAUUUCGGAUACCAUCACCAAGACAAAAAAUAAACAAGUUGUCAAGUUAUUAAGCAACAAAAGAUCACAAGCAGUCGGUAUAUUAAUGUCCAGUCUUCAUUUAGACAUGAAAGAUAUACAGCAUGCUGUCAUGAACUUGGACAACUCGGUGGUGGACUUAGAGACUCUUCAAGCUCUUUAUGAGAAUAGAGCACAAUCUGAUGAACUGGAAAAGAUAGAAAAGCAUGGCAAAUCAAGUAAAGAGAAGGAGAAUGCCAAAUCUUUGGACAAACCUGAACAGUUUCUUUAUGAGCUCUCCCUGAUUCCCAACUUCUCUGAACGAGCUUUUUGUAUCCUGUUUCAAUCAACAUUCUCUGAAAGCAUUUCCUCUCUCCGAAGCAAACUUGAAUUGUUGCAGAAACUGUGUGAGAUGUUGAAAAGUGGCUCAGGAGUUAUGCGGGUUCUAGGCUUGGUCCUGGCUUUUGGGAAUUACAUGAAUGGUGGAAAUAGAACAAGAGGACAAGCCGAUGGCUUUGGACUAGACAUACUUCCCAAACUCAAAGAUGUCAAGAGUAGUGAUAACAGCAGGAGUCUUCUGUCAUAUAUUGUCUCAUAUUAUUUGCGCAAUUUUGAUGAGGAUGCCGGCAAAGAACAAUGCAUCUUCCCUCUUCCAGAACCACAGGAUCUUUUUCAAGUUUCUCAGCUAAAAUUUGAAGAGUUCAAUAAGGAGCUUCGCAAACUGAGAAAAGACUUGAGAGCAUGUGAGACAGAAGCAGGCAAGGUUUGCCAGUUUUCAUUAGAAGAACACAUCCAGCCCUUUAAAGACAACAUGGACAAAUUCAUUAGUCAAGCUAAAACUGACCAUGAGAUGGAAGAAAAAUCUCUGGCAGAGACGCACAAAAGCUUUCUGGAGACUGCAGCAUAUUUCUGUAUGAAACCAAAAAUGGGUGAAAAAGAGGUCUCCUUGAAUGCUUUCUUCAGCAUAUGGCAUGAAUUCAGUUCGGAUUUUAAAGAAUUUUGGAAAAAAGAAAAUAAGCUUAUUUUGCAAGAAAGACUUAAAGAGGCCGAAGAAGUAUGCAGACAGAAAAAAGGAAAAUCACUUUACAAUAUAAAACAAAAGCAUGAUUCGGGAAUUAAAGCAAAGAUAAGCAUGAAAAUAUGAAAGAAGAAAAACUUAUGUCUUUGUUCCCAGACUCAAUAAAUUGAUCAUGCCUUGGGAGGUAGAGGAAAAGAAAUAUUACCAUUCAGCCCAUUUGUUUUCUUGAUUUUCUUGCAUUUGGUUUCCUGUUUACACUGACUACUAUGAACAUUCACUGAUAAACAGAUUUGCACGAUGGAUACCCAAUAAUGGAAGCUAUUUGAUAUCUCUCUCUUACAGGCACCCCAUACACUACAUUCUUUCCAUCCAAACAUUAUUUUGCAAUUUAUAUGGUAAAAUACUAAUAAAGACUAAAGUAGUCUGUGUAAGCAGCCGUAUUUCAGUAUGUCCUAAACAUACUGAAAACUUUAUAAACAUCUAACUUCAUAUAGAUGUUCCAUUCCUGUAGGAUUUUUUUUUCUCCAAAGCAAAUACAUUACAACAUUGCAUUUAGAUUAGGGAGAAUGUUACUUCUCAAUAACUCUUUGUAUCUAUUUCCUAUUGACCUUGUAAGUGUACUCUGAAUUGGUACAAGUGUUUCUUUUACACUCUAAGCCAUGAUCUCCAAAGUUACUUCAUUGCCUCCUCACAAAAUAUAUCCUAAAUAUGACAUUCAACCCAGCUAUUAUUAUAAUUGACAAAGUUGAUCAUGAUUUGCUGAUAUUGAUGAAUGGAAUGAAAACAAAAAGGGGGAAACCCAGUUACAGUUAAGCACAGGACUCACUUGGUAGAUACCAAACAAUCUUGGGUAUUUCAAUAUUAUAUUCAUUGAAGAAACUGUUUGCAGAGUAACAGGAAACUUGUGGUAGACUUUCUAUCAAACUCUUGAGUUUAAAAAAAAUUAAAGAACUAAAGAUCUUUCUCUUUUCUCAUUCUAAAUUAUGAUGGAUUAUUAAGAGCCUUAGUUUUUCUGGCGAUAAAGCAAUGAUUAUUACUUCUGUUUGAUCUCACAUUUUAUUAAGCACUCGUAUUACAAAAAGUACAACAGAUGCAAUUGUUUUGCAAUACUUCUGUCUCUACUGCUAAAAACAAUGUAAUGAUUGGACAGAUCUAGUUUACCACAUUUUCUCCACACUUUCUAAGAGCAACAUUUUAAAAGAUUAAAAAAGCGAAAAGUAGGGAACGAUGUAUAUAUAUCUCAAUGCCUCUUAGCAUAGAAGGUGCUAGAGUGAAGCAAUUUCUAAGUUUUGAAAUAUUUAUUUUUCUCCAUGUAACCCACUAUAUGAUGCCUGGUUGUCCAGAGAUUAAUAUAUGAUUCCAGGAAUCAUAAGGGCUGCAUAAAAUAUGACCUCAGGAAUUGAAUUUUUAAAAUACCAAUCACUAAAAAAAUAUAUUUUUCCUCCACUGGGAAAUGAUUUCCUGUUACAUAAUCAGCUUGAAACUCUAUCAUCUUUCAGGAUAGCCCCAAAACUGUGUUAUAUGAUCCAAUAGCAUCAGGAAUAAAGAUUAUUUCUUUGGGAAAGGGAAAAGAGAAGAUUGUUACAAAAAGACCUAUCAAAAGCAAUUAAAGAAGUAAGACAUAUUUUUAAUAGCACUGAUUAAAACUCAUGUUUGUAUUUAUGUAAUUUAUAGUCUUGCUGCAUUUCUGCAUUUUUUUUUCAUUUAAAUGCAUUUAAAAACAUUGGAGCAUGUUUCUGUUUUGUAGAUUUCCUGUUCCCUUCAGUAUCUACUGUGUGUAUAUUGCCAUUCUAAACUGAAUAAUGCUACACUUAA